AUUUUCCAUUGCGCAAGAUUGCAGCCACCAGGCCAACUCUCUCUCCUUCUAUUCCAUUUCCCCUUAAUAUAUACGGUGGGUUCUCUAAUAUUGUUUCCAACGUACGUGUUAGCGAGUAGCGAGCAGAAUAAGGAUUCGUCUCUCGACUCUCUUCCCUCUCUCUCUCUCGCUCUCUAGUCUAGUCCGUGUUCUCCUUCGUUUCCGAUGUACAUAGAUAAAUAGACAUAGGACGAUAUUCUUUGUACUUCACCGAGAAAGUUCCCGAACCUUUUCGCAGAAAACAUUUUACUUUCUUGGAAUUUCAGUGUUUUUCUUUCUGAAUUCUGCUUGUUCUUUUCUGAGUUUUGGUGGUAGGUGUUAGUUCUCUCCGAACUCCAAAUAUGGCUGCCGUUCGGGAACAAGAACUUCAAAAAGAUAAAGCUACAAGAGCGGUUGGUUUUAAAGUCAACGGUGGGCGAGAAGUGGAACUAAGUAACCACUACGGGAAAGAGGGACCCACCAGCAACACCACAUCCACCUCGCCGAAAGAAGAGCCGGGAACGGAGGAGACGCCAAUUGCGAUGCAAGUGAUACCGGUGUCCGUGCACGUUCCGGCAGGUGUAACGAUGCAGACGGACAGCAAGGCGGUUAUGGAUCAACCGACUGCACCAAAGCGACCUUCGACGAAGGACCGUCACACGAAAGUGGAGGGUCGCGGACGGAGGAUCCGGAUGCCCGCCGCCUGCGCGGCUCGGAUCUUUCAGUUGACGCGGGAACUGGGCCACAAGUCAGACGGAGAGACCAUCCGGUGGCUCUUAGAACACGCCGAGCCGGCCAUAAUCGCCGCUACGGGUACCGGAACCAUCCCCGCCAUCGCUCUCUCCGUCAACGGGACCCUCAAAAUCCCCACCACAGCCGCACCCAACAGCGUCGACCCAGCGGUUGAGAAGAAACGCAAACGACCCUCUAGCAGCGACUACAUAGAUGUAAACGACCGCGUUUCGGUCUCGUCAGGUCUCGCCCCAAUAACCACCACGCAACAACAAAAAGUGCAAACAGUCGUCCCCAUGUGGGCUAUACCCUCCAACGCCGUCGUUCCGGCCACAUUCAUCAUGGUCCCGCCUAUGGCCUCCAUUACCGGACCUUCGAACCAGCCUCACAUAUUUACAUUCCCAGCCACGGCGACGCCUCUGAUAAACAUUUCGGCGAGGCCCAUAUCGUCAUUCGUCUCCUCCGAGGCCAAUACACCCGCGACAAUUCAAAUCCAAGCCAACUCAGCAGCUUCGUGUUCAAGCUUGGCCACUACCAUUUCGAGCCACACGGCCGGUACGAGUACAACAAUUACUUCUUCGACCACUCAGAUGCUGAGAGACUUUUCGUUGGAGAUUUACGAAAAACGGGAGCUUCCGUUUCUAUCUCGACCUUCCAAGGACUGAAAGUCACUGCUGCGUCGGAGCUCUUUCCAGCGUUCGUGGAGUCGCACGUGGGCGCGUGUGGGAAUCGCAUGUUUGAGUUAGGUGAGGGCACGUUGGAAGUGGAGACCACGUGUCCAGUGGGACUAAACCAAGAGGAGGUGCUGUUCCGUGGACUGUGCAUGGAGAGUGUGAGCCGGGUCCACCUGACAUCAUUCAUGUGAAUGUGAGGGGGUGAGCUCGGGUCCCAAGGGUGCGGGGUUGGGUGGGCCCUACGGGACCGUCUAUCCUUGCUUCUCCACCAAUGCGUUCUUUGCGGUCGCUGGGUCCCACAUGUGUGUUCAUGUGUUUACGGGUUUGGUGGUCUGAUCGUGAGAGGUAGCGUGAUGUUUUAGGUCUUAGAUUCGACCACGUGUCGAUUGCUCAGCUUCAAACUGUGGGCCGCAGUUUCUUUUCCUCAGCAACACGUCCGGCCUCUUUUGUAGUUGGAACUUGGGGGUCCAUGUGACGUGGCUUUGAUGGGGCCGUCUGAUGCACCAUGGUUCUUUCGUACGGAAAUUGGAAAUGACAAUGUGAUGACGUAUUAUCGUUGCAUUAUUUUAUUUUAUUUUAUAAAGGGGUGGAAGAUUCGAACCAGUUUCCAUUCG